AUGUUGGAUAAGUUACCACACUGUUUCACCGCCGAGGAUGAACGUUUCCAGGGGAAGAGUCGGAGUCGGUGGACUUCUGCGGCGAUUGUUGUCAUUUUGCUGGGAUGUUUUGCUUCGUCUUGUUGGGCUAAUGAGGCAUCCUGUCUUGGAGCAUACGACCUCUACUUUGUUUUAGACAAGUCUGGAAGUGUCAAUGCUGACUGGGUCGAGAUUUACUCGUUUGUGAAGAACCUCACCGACAGAUUUGUGAGCCCCAGAAUGAGAGUCUCCUUCAUUGUCUUCUCAGCUAAUGCUGAAGUCCUGCUGCCUCUGACCGGAGACAGCUACGAGAUCGAUCAGGGUCUGGAGCGCCUGCGGAAAGUGAUUCCAGCAGGUGAAACGUACAUGCACGAGGGAAUGAAAAAGGCCGGAGAACAGAUAAAAGUUCAGACGUCCAAGUCCUCCAGCAUCAUCCUGGCGUUGACGGACGGAAAACUGGAAGUGUAUAUUCAUGAGCUCACGGUGCAAGAGGCUGAAAAGGCGAGGUCAUACGGCGCUCGUGUUUACUGUGUGGGCAUCAAAGACUUCGACGAGCAGCAGCUUGCUGACAUCGCGGACACCAAGGACCAAGUGUUUCCUGUUAAAGAUGGCUUCCAUGCACUUAAAGGCAUCGUCAAUUCUAUAUUAAAGCGAUCGUGCACGGAGAUCCUGAGCGUGGAGCCCUCCAGUGUCUGUGUGAACGAGACCUACGACCUCGUCCUCAGAGGGAACGGCUUCAGGCUCGGCAAGAGCAGCGAAGAAGUCCUCUGCAAAUUCAAAGUCGGACAGCAAACCUUCGAAAAUAAACCGAGCUAUGUGCGUAAUGAUUACCUGCUGUGUCCUGCACCUACACUCUAUGAAGUCGGACAGACUAUGGAGGUUCACAUCAGCUUAAACAAUGGACGAUCCUUCAUCCCCAGCCCUUACGCCAUCACUGCCUCCACAUGUUCGGAUGGUUGGGUGGUCUUCAUCGUCUUCCUGGUGCUGAUGGCUCUCGUGGCUUUGGCCCUCAUGUGGUGGUUCUGGCCUCUUUGCUGCACAGUGGUCAUCAGAGACCCACCGCCGCCUCCUCCACCUGCCCGUCCUCCACCACCUGAGCCGGAGCAACUGCCCAAGAAGAAGUGGCCAACUGUGGACGCCUCCUACUAUGGAGGAAGAGGAGCCGGAGGGAUCAAACGCAUGGAGGUGCGCUGGGGGGAGAAAGGCUCUACUGAGGAGGGGGCUCGACUGGAGAAGGCGAAGAAUGCUGUAGUGUCCAUACCAGAGGAAGUGGAGGAGCCGAUGAUCAAACGUUCCCCGAAGCCCGCCCCCGCCUAUCGCCCAACAGAGAACAAGUGGUACACUCCCAUCAAGGGUCGUCUCGAUGCUUUGUGGGCUUUGCUUCGGCGGCAGUACGAUCGGGUCUCCGUCAUGCGUCCCACCAAUGCAGACCAGGGUCGGUGUAUGAAUUUCAACCGUGUGCAGCGUUAGUAGAAGAGAGAGCGACGUCUUUGUUAGAGAGCCAACGUGUGCUGA